UUCCUCUACUUUGAACAAGAGCAAAUAUACCCGUCCGACUUGAAGACUUUUCUGUGUCUUUCUUGUUAAAAAAUAUAAAUGACUCUGUUUCACUUUUUGCGUCCAUUUUUCUCAAUAACUUGUGUAUUAAAUUUUAGAGCUUCGGGCAGAAGAAAUAUACGAUGGAGAGCUUAAUUGGUUUGGUUAAUAGAAUUCAGAUGGCAUGUACUUCUCUUGGUGAUUAUGGCGCUACUAAUAACUCCUUCUAUUCUCUUUGGGAUCAACUUCCCUCUGUUGCCGUCGUCGGUGGUCAGAGUUCAGGAAAGUCAUCUGUGUUGGAAAGUAUAGUUGGCCGGGAUUUUCUUCCACGAGGAUCAGGGAUUGUUACAAGGAGACCCUUAGUAUUGCAACUUCACAAGACGGAUGAAGGGCAGAAGGAAUAUGCAGAAUUUGGUCACCUCCCGAGAACACCGUUUACAGAUUUCUCACUCGUACGGAAGGAGAUUCAGGAUGAAACUGACAGAAUAACAGGGAAAACAAGGCAGAUAUCUCCUGUUCCUAUCCACUUGAGCAUAUACUCUCCUAAUGUGGUCAAUUUAACACUUAUCGAUCUACCUGGCUUGACCAAAGUGGCUGUCGAGGAGCAGCCUGAGAGUGUUGUCAGAGACAUUGAAGACAUGGUUCGAUCGUAUGUUGAGAAGCCCGACUGCAUCAUUCUAGCAAUUUCUCCCGCAAAUCAGGAUAUUGCUACUUCAGAUGCUAUAAAACUUUCGAGGGAAGUAGAUUCCACAGGUGAACGGACAUUUGGCGUGUUGACUAAGCUUGAUUUGAUGGAUAAAGGAACAAAUGCUUUAGAUGUUCUCGAAGGAAGGGCUUACCGUUUACAACAACCUUGGGUUGGAAUUGUGAAUCGUUCACAAGCUGAUAUAAAUAAGAAUGUGGAUAUGAUCUAUGCAAGAAGGAAGGAGCGUGAAUAUUUUGCAAGCAGUCCUGACUAUGGGCAUCUGGCUAGCAAGAUGGGUUCAGAAUAUCUUGCAAAACUUCUUUCAAAGCAUUUGGAGUCUGUAAUUAGAGCUAAAAUACCAGGGAUCAUGUCUGUUAUCAAUAAAAGCAUAGAUGAACUUGAAUCUGAGAUGGACCAUCUUGGGAGGCCUAUUUCUGAUGAUGCUGGGGCGCAAUUGUAUACUAUCUUGGAACUUUGUCGUGCUUUUGACAAGAUAUUCAAGGAGCAUCUGGAUGGAGGCCGUCCCGGAGGUGAUCGAAUUUAUGGAGUUUUUGACAAUCAGCUUCCUGCUGCUUUAAGAAAGCUUCCAUUUGAUCGGUAUCUUCCGAUACAAAAUGUGAGAAAAAUUGUUUCCGAGGCAGAUGGUUAUCAGCCUCACUUGAUUGCACCUGAGCAAGGUUAUAGACGGCUUAUUGAGGGAGCACUAAAUUAUUUUAGAGGACCAGCUGAAGCCUCUGUAGAUGCUGUUCACUUUGUCUUAAAGGAACUUGUGAGGAAAUCAGUUGGAGAAUGUCAGGAGUUGAAGAGGUUUCCCAGUCUGCAAUCUGCAAUCGCUGCAGCCUCAUAUGAAGCCUUGGAAAAGUAUCGUGAAGAAGGUAGAAAGACAGUUUUAAGACUGGUAGACAUGGAAGCUAACUACUUGACAGUGGAGUUCUUCAGAAAACUUCCUCAAGAAGUGGAGAAAGGGGGAAAUCCAGCAGCUACACCUGCUGUAGACCGGUAUGCCGAGGGUCACUUUAGGAGGAUUGGUUUGAACGUAUCAUCUUAUAUAAAUAUGGUGACUGAUACGCUGAGAAACAGUAUUCCCAAAGCAGUGGUUUAUUGCCAAGUUAAGGAAGCCAAACAAUCUUUGCUGAAUUACUUCUACACUCAAAUUGGAAAAAAAGAGGUAGUUUUUUGGGAGAUUUUCAGGGUAAGGACCUGGCAGAACUAUUAGAUGAAGACCCAACUUUGAUGGGCAAAAGAGAGCAAUGUGCGAAGAGUCUUCAACUAUACAAGAAAGCAAGAGAUGAAAUUGAAUCUGUAUCAUUGGUUCGAUGAGACUUUGAAUUUAUUUUAUAUGACUGAAUUCUUUGUCAUUAUUUGAUACCGUAUAUUCUUUCACUUUAUAGCCUUCGCAACUUAUUCUGGAGUAACAUUUUUUGGAUUAGAAAGGUGUGCAUAGUUCAUCUAGAUUGGACAGUGAAUAGAAUGUAUUGAAAAAUUGGAACAAAAAUGCAAUUUGUUGUAUAAUUGGUACAAACUAAAAGCCUUUUGGGUUUUUUUUUUGAGGAA